AUGGCCGUCCACCCCCCUGUCCCCGUUCCCAUCGCCAUGGCAGACUCACGCCCCAUCCCGGGUCCCAGCGCGACACCAUCAGCGCCAUCAGCGUACGGCGCCGCGCCGUCCGCCGCCGCCCAGCACCUCAUCUACGUCCUCCUCGACUCCAACCUGCCCACGGGCGGCUUUGUCGCCUCGGGCGGCCUCGAGUCGUACGCGAAACACGGGUUCCUGCACCCGCCCGCCGCGGCGCCGUUCGCCGUCCAGACUGGCGCGGUGGGCAUCGAGACGCCGGCGCUGGUGCUCGCUACCAACGCAGGAGUGGCCAACGGCGCGCCGCCGGCCCAGCCGCGCGCGCGGCCCAUGAGCGCGCCGGCCAUGGGGCCCGGCAAGGCUGGUCCGGCGGUGGUGGCGUUUGCGCGCGCCGAGAUGGAGAACUUUGAGCGGAGCACAGGCGCAUACCUCUCCGGCGCGUGGGGUGCCGUUGACGCGGCGCUGUGCGCUCCGUCGAAGGCGUGGUCGGCUGAUGACGACGUGCCCGGCGCGGCGGCCUCGCCCUCCGUGGCUUCGCCCGCGCCCUCGCCCUCGCCCUCGGUCGAUUCCACCGUCGCCGCCCUCGUCGCCCUUGACACGGCGCACGAAGCCACACUCCUCUCGCAUGUCCCGCGGCGCGCGAGCCGCGCCCAGGGCGUGGCCCUGCUCACGCUCCAUGCGAGGGGGAUGGGCGCGCCGCCUGGGUUCCCCCUGGACGACGAGGCCGACGAGGACGAGGAGAGCGACGGGGCCGAACCCGAGUCCGAGUCUGAGUCCGAGUCCGAGUCCGAAGACCAAGUCCCAGCCGAAACACGCAGCGGCGCAGGGGUCGAGGGAAGGGGAAGCGGACGGGGACGGGUGGGGGAAGGGGAGGGGCACAAGGCGGCGACGGCGCGGCGCAACGAGCUCGCCCGCGAGCUCGUCGCUGCGUACCGACAUGCCAUCCGCCGCGGGGCUCCGGGACACCUAGCCGUGUGCUUUGGUGUCGUCACGGCGUGUCUCGGACUGGACCUCGAAACCACACGCCACCUGUACCUCUUCACGCACGCGCGGUCGACGCUGUCGGCGGCCGUGCGGCUCAACAUUAUCGGCCCCUACCUCUCCACCCAGCUGCUGGCACACCCCAUGCGCAAGGUCCUGCGGUCAUGCCUCAAGCUCGCAGGCAAGGAGGGCGCGUGGCACCCCGAGGUGGAGCUCGCUGCGUUCCCCACCGAAGUCGAGGUGGCGCCGGCGCCGGCACUGGCGGCAGAGCAAGGCGGAGACCAGUGCGAGGUGGACGCGUGGGCGUGGGCAGACGAGGCCGAGCGCGGACCAGCGACGACAUGGCCGCUGGGCGAGAUCCUCGCUGCGCGACAUGACCUGCAGCACUCGCGAAUCUUCAACUCGUGA